AUGAGCCAGGGCCGUGGAAAAUAUGACUUUUAUAUUGGUCUGGGAUUGGCUAUGAGCUCCAGCAUUUUCAUUGGAGGGAGUUUCAUUUUGAAAAAAAAAGGCCUUCUGCGACUUGCUAGAAAAGGCUCCAUGAGAGCAGGUCAAGGUGGCCAUGCAUAUCUUAAAGAAUGGUUGUGGUGGGCUGGACUGCUAUCAAUGGGAGCUGGCGAGGUGGCCAACUUUGCUGCGUAUGCCUUUGCACCAGCCACCCUAGUGACUCCGUUAGGGGCACUCAGUGUCCUAGUGAGUGCCAUUCUUUCUUCAUACUUUCUAAAUGAAAGACUUAACCUUCAUGGAAAAAUUGGAUGUUUGCUAAGUAUUCUGGGAUCUACAGUUAUGGUUAUUCAUGCUCCAAAAGAAGAGGAGAUUGAGACUUUAAAUGAAAUGUCUCACAAGCUAGGAGAUCCAGGUUUUGUGGUCUUUGCAACACUUGUGGUCAUUGUGUCCUUGAUAUUAAUCUUUGUGGUGGGACCUCGCCAUGGACAGACAAACAUUCUUGUGUAUAUCACAAUCUGCUCUGUAAUUGGAGCGUUCUCAGUCUCCUGUGUUAAGGGCCUGGGCAUUGCUAUCAAAGAGCUGUUUGCUGGAAAGCCUGUGCUGCGACAUCCCCUGGCCUGGAUUCUGCUGCUGAGCCUUAUAGUCUGUGUGAGCACACAGAUUAACUACCUGAACAGGGCCCUGGACAUAUUCAACACUUCCAUCGUGACUCCAAUAUAUUACGUAUUCUUUACAACAUCGGUUUUAACUUGCUCAGCUAUUCUUUUUAAGGAGUGGCAAGAUAUGCCUGUUGAUGAUGUCAUUGGUACUCUGAGUGGCUUCUUUACAAUCAUUGUAGGAAUAUUCUUGUUGCAUGCCUUUAAAGACGUCAGCUUUAGUCUCGCAAGUCUGCCUGUGUCUUUUCGGAAAGAUGAAAAAGUAAUAAAUGGCAGUCUCUGUAAUAUGUAUGAAGUUCUUAAUAAUAACGAAGAGAGCGUAACCUGUGGAAUUGAACAACACACUGCUGAAAAUAUCUCCCGAAGAAAUGGAAAUCUGACAGCUUUUUAA